CCUUGGGUGCGUGUGUGUGCGCCACGGACGGUCCGCGCAAGGAGCUUGGUUGUACAGAGGCUACCGUGUACUCUUAUUAAAGUGGGAAAAAGAGUAAAGAGGGGGACCUGGAAAACACGAGCUUUUAACACCUAUAGGACGCACUUCCAGCGUGUUUUUGUGGGUAAAAACCUACCGCUGUUCGCUCAGCUGUGCGCUCCCGUUUAAACCGGAGGAAACGUCCGGGCUUGAACGGACAAGAAUGAGCCCCUUGUCUGCCUAGCGACCCAUCCCUGUUAAAGAUGACUCAAGGAAGAUUCCUUUUGAUUAUUCCUCUUCCUCCGCUUUUGGUUGCACCCAUUAAGCAGUCAAGAAGGUCUCCCUUCUCCUCCCUAUGACAUGAUUUAACCCACGUGAUCUUGUCACCAUGAUGGCCUCUGUGGUCGCCAGUGGAAACCGAGAUGGGCAAAAUCUGGUCUUGAAAGGGGUCGACCCGGAGACCUGCAUGAUCGUGUUCAAGAACCACUGGGCUCAGGUGGUAAAGAUCCUUGAAAAGCAUGAUCCCCUGCGCAGCAGCUCCACCCUGCCUUCCCUGGGUGUCAUCCACCUCAACACCAGCGGCAGCCCCCGCUUCGGCCCCGUCCCCGGAGACGAGGCGAACGCCGUACAGAACUACGUGGAGCACAUGCUCUUCCUGCUGAUGGAGGAGGAAAGCGGUCAGGAGGGAGCCAUGGGCCCCAUCCUGGAGUUCGUGGUGAUGGAGAACGUGAUGGAGCGCUUGUUUGUGUGGAGCCUCCGCAGGGAGUUCACCGACGAGAUGAAGCUGGAGCAGCUGAAGAUGUACGAGAUGCUGGUCGGCCAGGCGCGCCAGCCCCUGCUGCAUCACAAGCCCAUCCUGAGGCCGCUCAUGAUGCUGCUGUCCUCCUGUUCGGGCACGGCGGUGGCGGCGGUCGAGGCUGAGCUGGUGCUGCUGCUCAACCAGCUGUGCUGCGUCCUGGCAAAGGACCCCUCAAUCCUGGAGCUAUUUUUUCACACCAGUGAGGAUCAGGGAGCCACCAACUUCCUCAUCUUCUCCCUGCUCAUCCCCUUCAUUCACAGGGAGGGCACGGUGGGCCAGCAAGCCAGAGACGCCCUUCUGCUCAUCAUGUCGCUGUCUGCUGAAAAUGAGCGAGUGGCCAAACACGUUGCAGAGAACACCUACUUCUGCCCGGUGCUGGCCACAGGGCUGAGUGGUCUGUACUCAUCUCUGCCCACCAAACUGGAGGUUCCCAGUGAGGAGUGGCACUGUCUUCACAGAGAGGACUGGCAGCAGAUGCCGUCACUUGUCCAGUUUCUCAACUCACUGGAAUUCUGCAACGCUGUCAUUCAGGUGGCCCACCCUGUUAUCAGAGACCAGUUGGUCGAUUACAUCUACAAUGGUUUCCUUGUGCCCGUCCUAGCACCAGCGCUGCACAAGCUCACUCUAGAGGAGGUGAUGACCACGACGGCGUACCUGGACCUUUUCUUGAGAAGCGUAUCUGAGCCGGCCCUGCUGCAGACGUUCCUCUCCUUCAUCCUCCUCCACCGACAUGAGAGCGUCCAUAUUUUAGACACACUGGUCAGCCGCAUCAACACCCCCUUCCAGUUGGGGACCGUAUCACUGUCACUGUUCCGCACUCUCAUUGGCUUAUGCUGUGAAGAUGUGAUGCUGCAGCUUGUAUUGAGGUACCUGAUCCCCUGCAGUCACAUGAUGUUUAGUCAGAGACGUGUGGUGAAGGAGAGGGACUUCUACUCGGCAUCAGCAGCCAAGAUCCUGGCGUUGACACCGUCCUGCUGCUCUCCUGAUCACAGUCCUCCGCCCCUCCGACAGCUGGACUCCAUCCUUUUUUCUAAGGGUGCAGAUGCUCCCAAAGACUCCAGAAGCACAGAGCAACAUAAAAACUUCUUAGAAGGGGAUGACGGUUCGGGUAACUCCUGCACCAUCGGCUCAGAAAUCUACCUGGACGUCAGUUAUCUUCAUUACCUCUACGACGCCCGACUCAGCAUCAGCAGGUGCAUGGAAGCCUGCCAGGUUUGGUCGGCCCCAUACGACGGCGACGACCCUCCCCCUGAGAAAUACCAGCCAGGCAUCCUGGAGGAACCGUCGCUGAAGAGCCGACAAGCCCAGACGUCUCUGAAGAGAGUCCCUCAGCUGCUGGCGCCGCACCCUCCUCGACCCAGCCCGCCAGCUCUGCCUUCCGUCAUCCAGCAGGAGCUGGAGUGGGACGACAGUUACGAUGCGUGCCCCGUGCAGACAGCUGAGGCUCCUGCGGAGAGUAAACCUCCUAAACCAGCUCCUGCUGAGCCUCCGAGGCACAUCCAGGAGAUGAGGAGAACAGCCAUCAUGUUAGUUAAAGGUUCAUACAUUGAAGAAAAUGAGUUCCAGGAUGAUGUCAUGGUCUAUGAUCUCGUCGCAAAGAAAGACACCACACAUGCCGAGCGCACAAAGUCCACACCCAACGGUUCCUCGUCAGACUCAGCAGAAGUUCCCCUGAGAAAUGGGCUCAGUCUAACACUUGCAGCCUCUGAGAGUACUGACGAUAGCAAAAACAGCUUGGAGACAAAAGUCAAAGGUCCGACAGACCGUAAUGCAAAUCUCCGUAAGAGCAGUGCUGAGCCAGGCGAGGAUCUUUUAGCUCAGUACGAGGAGCUCCUUCGCACUCUGGACAAGGAAGCAGGUGUGAAACAGGUCAAGAGUGACGGAGAGUCAAACAAGCCCACCACAGCCUUGGAGGAGGGCGGGGAUGAUGAGGAGAUGGACUUCACCUCCUUCUCUGCCGAAACACCAGACCACGAGAAACUGCAUUCACCAUUUGGGACAGUUAGUCGGCUUCGCAGUGGAAGCACGAAUAAAAACCAUUCAGUGCCUUUUACAGGUCCAUUUGUAAGUGUGCUGUUAUCUCGUUUGGAGAAUAUGCUCUCAAACUCGCUUCACGUCAACCUGUUGCUGACGGGCAUCCUGGCCCAGUUGGCUGCUUACCCUCAGGCUCUGCUUCGCUCGUUCCUCCUCAACACCAACUUGGUUUUCCAACCGAGUGUGCGCUCCCUUUACCAGGUUCUAGCCACCGUGAAGAACCAGAUAGAAGAGCUCGCUGCCAGGAGGAAGGACUUUCCAGAACGAAUCACUGCUGCACAACACUGGUUAUUGGCCAGGGAGGCUUCAUCCACCACAGCAGACAAAAACAUCAGCACUGGUUCCAAGCAUCACGAAGGGGGGAGGAUCUUGCAAAGUUCACCACCACCAAAACCUAAAACCAUCUCUGUGGAUCAGACGGAAGUCUUCGCCACCGUCCUCUUCACCGAGUUCCUCAAAGAACUGGCUGCGAUCAUGCAGGAGCACUCCGUCUUAUCUAGCAUUCCCAUGGAAGAGCAAUAGUGUCCAAAAACUCCCCCUGCGAUGAAUCCGACCUGACUCUUUAUACACUUUUAUAGGUACUACUUUGUGAAGUGGUACCAGGAUUUUUAUAUGACAGAUUUUAAAAAUAUAUAGAUAUAUAUAUAUUUAUUUUUUCCGAGCAAAAUAACCAACUUUAGAUUUUUUUGUUUCCUUCUUUUUCAGCUUACUUCUAUAAAGUGUAAAGUCAAAAUCAAGUCCACACUUUGAGCUGAAAAUAUAUUAAAGUAACCAGCCAGUUCCUUUAAUCUGUCGAACCACCAGCUUCACUGACCAAAGACUUACAGAGGUGCUCUGCUUCCAUGAAAAGCGUAUUUUCCCCCAUUUUUAAGUGAACAUUCAUCUUACCUCUGAGCUAUCGAGGUUCUGCCCUUCACCUCCAACCCCGCGAUGCUGCUCUAUGUGGUUCCCAGGUGCCUGCUGUGUUGUGGGAUUACAAUGAAUGGUCAUUAUUUUCCCCCCUUUUAAUCAACUGGCAGCAAACAAAAAACAAACACACUUUCACUUUCUUCAAGUUUUUUUUAUGUCUUUUAAAUUCAAAAAGUGAACUUCUACAAUAUCUGUGUUGGUGGAGAUUGUCUUAGUUGUUUUCCUGCUUAUCGGUGAUGGUACCUCAGGAGUCUUAAUGCCCAGUUUGUUGGCUUGUUUUUCUCUUUAAUGCACUAGUUUCUCACAUUUAUGGGCUCCAAAUCUUCUCCAUAUCUGCACAGAUUGACAAAUCCCAACAGGUUAAUCAAUGCUGUAUUAAAUUUGCCUUACUUUGCUUUAUAAUGUACAUAUCGCAGAGAAAAUGUUGUAAACAGAACACUAUGCAAGCAUACUUUGGGGUAUAAGUAAGUUUAGUAUAUUUUGAUACUGGGAAGGGGUAUUUAUACUGUUCUUAGUUUUGUUAUUAGAUUGUUUUUUUUCCCUAGUCAUCACUUUCCUCUGGUUGAGGAUUGUAUAGGUUGAUGUCCGAGUUUGAAAUCUCACUGCGUUGAUGGUUAUGAUUCUGCAUAUGUUGAAAACUAUAUUGUGUAAAAGGCCUUUCAGACAGGAUGCGGUGGAAGUUUUGGCGCAGCACCGUAGAGAAGGGAACACCUGCACAAAAGCAUCAGUUGCUAAGCAACUGAAAAGCUUUCCAGGAAGUGGGUGGGAGAUAUUACACAGUUUGUUUUUUAUUUGAGUUGUGGAGAUGCAGGCAGGCUGCGUUGUUCUGCUUGUUGCUAAAAAUCACAAAAAAAAUCCAACUCUAGCUUUAGAUGCAUCGAUGAGGAGGAGUAGACCAGCUGCAGCAAAGAAGACGAAGAUGUGUCGGUUGACGAUGUCCUCGAUUAUAGACAAGAGUUGGGAGAGUUUUAGGCUCGUCCAUGAGUUGCAGCUGUACACCGACUGUCCUCAGGUCAACGGUCCUUCAGGCUGAGUCAGGAGACGGUUUGGAGCUGCUUGGGCAGAUGAUCACUUCACAAGAACAUUAAAAGCAUUGGAGAUUUCUGUUUGCACCACAGCUUUCUCUUCAUGUUGCAGUAUGUCUUCCUAAUUGUACAGCUCAGGAAAAGGUUACAUCACCAAACCCAGGUCGCCGUCAUUGUCCAAUCCUGCCGGGUUAUAACCCAGGUGUUGCCACUGUGCGCCGCGUCCUUCCUGAAAGGCUCUCAGCAGUUACCGAGGUGAUGUCAGUUUACCAAGAUGACAGCAAUGUGAUGUUAAUUUACGUCAUUCAUCUGGUUAAAGCACAUGGUUGAUGGAGUAAAUGUUUUUAUGAAUUCAUCAGGAUAUACAUACUUGCAAGUUGGUGCCUUAAAACUUUGAUUUGGUUUAAAAUUUUGCCAGUCUUUUUUCCUCCUAAAAAAAAAAAACCCCAAAACAUUAAAACAAAUGUUUUAAUGUUUUGGGUUUUUUUGCACUUGAUGCUGACAGUUUUCGGGAAAGUCUGGUUUUUACAGAAAGCUGAAGUUGUCAAGGAACAAGAAAAGUUUGCAUCUCUUCACAGUAUCAAACAAAGAAGCAGUUUUAUGCAUCAUGAAAAGUGGAAGUAUAUUCUAUUCUAUAAAUGUUCUCAAGAAAAUCUUGUAGUUUAAUAACAAGUCCCUUAUUUUAGAGCUAAAUGUGUACAUUUGUAUUUUGGAUCAAUUUUCAGUGAGCUCAGUUGUGUAAAAUCAGUAACGAUAUUAUGAAAAUGAGCUUUGACAAAUGUAUUUCUCACAUUUUUAGCCUCAUCAGCUAUACUGAGUACAUCAAUGUCGUCAUCUAAGUUAGGCAGAUGAAGUCAUUUUUGUUUGAAUCUUACAAUCUUACACAUGUACUUAAUUCUCUUCGGGCCGUGAAUUAUGGAUCAGGAUCUCUUUGUGUGCUAUCUUGUUUUUAACAGGGCUUAGAAAUAUAUAUUUGUAACAGUCAAAGCCAUUUUCAGAAAUGUUGAAUGUCUGUUUCUCAGUAGUUGAAGAAUGUUACAGAGCACUUUAAUUGGCCUUUUUCAUACCACAGUGCCACUCGGAGUGUGUCGACACGUCCAGUUCAGGGCCACGGUCUCUGUUGCAGGAAUGCAGUCGGUACGAGCAAGAUUGUUGACCAGUUUGUGUCUCAGUAGAUCCGGAGUCCAAAGAUGAAUUCUGCCUGUUUUUUGUUUCAAGGUUUCACUCGGUUGCUGUUUGUUUUCAACUUUAAAAAUGCAAAAGGUAUGCCUCUUUUAAUAAAGGAAGAGCUGAAACUGGA